AUGUUGAAAUCUUAAGUUUUAGGUAAUAAAAUUGUUUGUUCAAAUGAAACUCAUAAAAAAUAAAAUUUGCAAAUAAUAGGUUUAUGCUUAAAUGAUGAUUGUAACUCUAAAAAAACACUUUGCACUUAAUGUUUUAAUGAACAUGAUAAAAAUCAUAAAAUUAUUGAAUUAUCUGAUUUGACUUGUUAAUUAGAGGAAUAAUAAGAAUUUUAGAAAUAAUAAAGAUCAGAAACAUAUCAACUUUUAAGUUAGCAAUAAAAUAUUUGUUUUGUGUUAAUUCAAGAAAAACUCUAAUAAAUGUAAAGUGAAGCUAAUCAGGCUAAAUAAUUAAGUGAAUAAAAAAUAGAAGCUGAAGCAAAAUAUCAUUUUGUAAAUAAUUUUAGAAAUGAAGAAGAAUUAGAAUAAUUGACUAAAGAUUUAAAAAAUAAGGUAAAUAAUGAUCACUUUAAUCCUAGAGUAAUUAAGUAUUUUUUUUAUUUUAUUUUAGAUUAUUAAAUCAAAAGAACUCUUUAUAUGGAUAUGAAAGAUAUAUUAGAAAAUUAUUAUUUGAUACAAGUUUGUUUGUGAAUAAUACUUAGUGUAUUGAAGAAUGUGAAUAUUUGAUGGAUAAUUAGUUAAUGAGUUUAAGAAAUCUUAUACAAUAUAUUAAUUAAAUUAGAUAAGAAAUAAUAGUGGGAUUCUAAAAUGAAGAAUAAAAUCUUCAAUAUAUUCAAUCCAGAAUAGAGAAAUAAGAUCAAAAUUUUUCACUUUAUUAAUCAUUAAAAUCAACUUAUAAACCUUAAUAGUUGAGUGAUGAAUAGAUUUAAUAAAUGAGCAAUUCAUUGAAAUUUCCAAUAGGUUAAAUAUUGUAAUAUUAUCCUACAGAAGCAUUGACAGUAAAUUAAUUUCAAAUGAUUUUUGAUAAUCCUUUUUCAAAAGUAAUAACAAAAUAGAAUUUAGUUCAUUUGAAAUAAUUAUCAAAUGAUAAAUCUCUAAUAUGUAUAGGAGCAAUCAAAUAAUAAGAUCCAAAUCUUCUUAUUCUCUGUUCAAUUGAUUAUGCAAGUGAAAUAUUAUAAAAUACUUCAAACUUUAAAGUAGCUAGAAAAAGUAAAGCAGGAUCUGUUUAUUGGUAUUAUAAAUAUGGAGUAUUUUGUGGAGUUAUUGGAUUUUCUCCAUCCUAAGAAAUUGAUUUAGGUAAUACUAUCAAUAUUCAUUAUGAUACUCAUAUUUUUGAAGGCGAUCUUCGUUUUAGUUUGUAAGUUGAUUAUAAAUCAAAUUGUAGAGUGGGAAAGGAAAUUAUUGAUAAUCAAAAUUAUAGAUGGUAAAUUUAUUUAAAAUAAUGA